AUGGCCAGCUAUGAGGAUGAAAUUCAAAAUAAUGAGACAGAUUAUUUUUACUAUGAUAACCCAAAUGGAACUGAAGAUUGUAUGGAAAAGGACUGGGACCUGUCAUCCUCUUUGCUACCUGUAUUUUACAUGAUCGUCUUUGUCUUGGGACUGUCUGGAAAUGGUGUAGUCAUCUUCACAGUAUGGAAAGCAAAGCCAAAGAGGAGAUCUGCAGACACCUAUAUAGGUAAUCUUGCCAUUGCUGACCUGGCAUUUGUUGUCACCUUACCCUUAUGGGCUACCUACACUGCUCUUGGCUUUCACUGGCCCUUUGGUUCUGCCCUUUGCAAGAUCAGUAGCUACCUGGUGUUGCUGAAUAUGUUUGCCAGCGUUUUCUGCCUAACCUGUCUGAGCUUUGACAGAUAUCUGGCCAUUGUUCACUCGCUCUCCAGCGCCAACCUGCGCUCCCGGUCAACAACAAUGCUAUCCCUGGGAAUUAUAUGGUUCUUUUCAGGGUUUCUGGCACUACCCAGUCUCAUUCUCCGUGAAACCCGUCCUGAUGGCAAUAAGACUGUCUGUGACCUGGACUUCACUGGCAUCUCUGAAAAGGAGAACGAGAAUUACUGGAUUGGAGGACUCAGCCUCCUCACCACCGUGCCAGGCUUUCUACUUCCGCUGCUCCUCAUGACCACAUUCUACUGCUUCAUUGGCUGCAAGGUAACCGUCCACUUCCAGAACCUCAAGAAAGAAGAGCAAAAGAAGAGAAGGCUUCUAAAGAUAAUCAUCACACUUGUUGUUGUGUUUGCUAUUUGUUGGUUGCCAUUUCAUAUUCUCAAAACCAUCCACACCCUGGGGCUCAUAGGUGCUCUGGACCUUUCCUGCUCACAGUUUAACCUGAUCCUCAGCCUGCACCCUUAUGCCACAUGUCUGGCAUACAUCAACAGCUGCCUCAACCCAUUCCUCUACGCGUUCUUCGAUCUUCGGUUCCGCUCACAGUGUUUUUUUUUUUUUGGACUUAGUAAAACCUUCCAUGGACAAAUCAGCAACACCUCCUCCAGCCUGAGCGCUCAAACACAAAAAUCGGAAUUACACUCUUUGGCAACUAAAGUGUAA